AAGCCUCUGUGAAGCACAUGCUCCAGAAGUAGAGGUGUCCUGCUCUGGCUGUACUGUACUAUCGUCUCACGUGUCUCUGCUCCAUCUCUCUCAUCUUUCACUAUGUCUGUCCAGCUAGUCGUAUCUCUCCUAGCUCUAGCUUCUCUGAAUGCUGCAUCUGCACCACUCUGUAAAGAACUGGUCAAACCCCUGGUACUGGAGGACCAUACUGAGAUCUAUGGCAAAUGGGUGUAUGUGAUGGGGUCUAAGGAUCAUUCAGUCUUCCAAAAAGCUUUGGGGACUCUGAAAAGCUCCUGGAUUGACCUGUCGGCUACAUCUGACCAUCAAGUACUCACACUACGUUGGGGAUACCGCAUUGAUGGCAAAUGCGUUGUCGGUGCAACAAAUGCUACCAUCUCCGGCACCACCUCCACAGUUCACAUUCAUUUGUCUGAACACAAAGGUCAGUACCUGGAGACCUGCCCUGACUGCCUACUAUGGUCAGACACCUCUCGUAAUGGAGAAAUCACUGGCAGAUACCUACUCCUGUUUACAAGGUCAGGGAAAAUGGAUCCCACAUACCUGGACACCUAUAAGAACCAGGCAGAGUGCCUGAACUUCCCAGAGACACACCACAUCUAUGAUGGAGAAACAGAGCUGUGCCCCGAUGACAACCAUAAGGAGAAGGUGGUGGAUGAGGAUACUAUGGAAGAGAAGCAGACUACAGAGGAAGAGAAGACUACUGAGAAGAACCCGACUACAGAGAAGAAUCCGACUACAGAGGAAGAGAAGACUACGGAGAAGAAUCUGACUACAGGGAAGAAUCCGACUACAGAGGAAGAGAAGACUACGGAGAAGAAUCUGACUACAGAGGAAGAGAAGACUACUGAGAAGAACCCAACUACAGAGAAGAAUCCGACUACAGAGGAAGAGAAGACUACGGAGAAGAAUCCGACUACAGAGGAAGAGAAGACUACGGAGAAGAAUCUGACUACAGGGAAGAAUCCGACUACAGAGGAAGAGAAGACUACGGAGAAGAAUCUGACUACAGGGAAGAAUCCGACUACAGAGGAAGAGAAGACUAUGGAUUGAGCAAAACAACCAGAUCCUCACUAUUGUGCCCAACAUCUCUUUAGUGGAACUUUGAUCCCAGAACUAUCUAACCAAAUAUGACAUGUACUUUCAUACGUCUUUAAAUCAUGUAUUACAUACACAGGGAGUGAUAUGACCAUGUAAUGAUAAAAAAUGCUAACGUUUUUACCGUGAAUGUUUUCAUGUCUUUACUGUUUCUUUGAUAGUUACAGUUAUAACAGUUCAAUAUAACUGUCCAAACAUACAUUUAAAUAAAGACAUUCAAACUCAUUUUGUAACUAAUUCCAUUGAAGUAAAUCUGAAUAAAAUGUAUCAUUGGUUAUACAAUGUAAAACUUCCUGUAGGUUAGUGAGGAGUUAAGAAAUCAGAUAACCGUCAACUACUUUCAUACUUAACUUGAAAUGUGUAGACAGCCAAUGUAAACUAUUCAUGUUAAUACUGUGGUUUUGAGACACUGCAUGACAAUAUGGACUAUUUCUUAAACGUUUAUAUAGAGCACAUAGUAAUUAUACAGGUAACUGCCAAAACAAAGGAAACAGCAACAUUAAGUGUCUUAACAGGGCAGGCCACCACGAGCCAGAACAGCUUCAAUGCACCUUGGCAUAGAUUCUACAACUGCUUGCAUCUCGAUUGGAGGAAUGUUACACCAUUCUUCCAUGAGAAAAUUCCAUAAUUUGGAGUUUGUUGAUGGUGGUGGAAAACACUCUCAGGCACCACUCCAGAAUCUGCCUUAAGUGUUCAAUUGGGUUGAGAUCUGGUGACUGAGACCGCAAAGGCAUAUGGUUUACAUCAUUUUCAUGCUCAUCAAACCAUUCAGUGACCACUCGUGCUCUGGAUGGGGGCAUAGCCAUGGUAGCCAAAAUAAUGGUAUUCCCAAUAUUUAUAUAUAUAUAUAUGACGCUAAGCAUGAAUGGAUAUUAAUUGCUUACUUAACUCAGGAACCACACCUGUGUGGAAGCACCUGCUUCAAUAUACUUUAUAUCCCUCAUUUACUCAUGUGUUACCUGUACAUUGUCAUGAACUAAAUACAUAAGUAUUCUGACCCUUUACUCUGUACUUUGUUGAAGCACCUUUGGCAGCGAUUACAGCCUUAAGUCUUCUUGGGUAUGACGCUACAAGCUUGGCACACCUGUAUUUGGGGAGUUUCUCCCAUUCUUCUCUGCAGAUCCUCUCAAGCUAUGUCAGGUUGGAUGGGGAGCUAUUUUCAGGUCUGGCGAGCUAUUUUCAGGUCUCUCCAGAGAUGUUCGAUCUGGUUCAAGUCCGGGCUCUGGCUGGGUCACUCAAGAACAUUCAGAGACAUGUCCCGAAGCCAAUCCUGCGUUGUCUUGGCUGUGUGUUC